UUACAGGAACUCAUGGAACCAGAAGUUGGGACUAACAGGACAGCUGUUGCUGAGUUCAUUCUACUGGGCUUAGUGAAAACAGAAGAGCUACAGUCUCUGGUCUUAGUCCUCUUCCUCUUGGCCUACCUGGUCACAAUUGGGGGCAAUCUUAGCAUUCUGGCUGCCAUAUUGGUGGAGUCCAAACUCCACACCCCCAUGUACUUCUUCCUGGGGAAUCUAUCAGUGGUAGAUGUUGGGUGUAUCACUGUCACUGUCCCUCCUAUGUUGGGUCGUCUGCUGUCCCACAAGCAAACAAUAUCCCAUGGUGCCUGCCUCUCUCAGCUCUUCUUCUUCCACCUUCUGAGUGGGAUAGACUGCUUCCUGUUAACAGCCAUGGCCUAUGACCGAUUUCUGGCCAUCUGUCGGCCCCUCACCUACAGCACCCGCAUGAGCCAGACAGUCCAGAGGAUAUUGGUGGCUGUGUCUUGGGCUUGUUCCUUUACCAAUACACUGACCCAUACUGUAGCCAUGUCUACACUCAACUUCUGUGGCCCCAACGUGAUCAAUCACUUCUACUGUGACCUCCCACAGCUCUUCCAGCUCUCCUGCUCCAGCACCCAACUCAAUGAGCUGCUAAUCUUUGCCAUGGGCUUCAUGAUGGCAGGAGCACCUGUGGUUCUCAUCGUCACCUCUUACAUCCAUGUGGCAGCUGCAGUGCUCAGGAUUCGCUCUGCUGAGGGCAGGAAGAAGGCCUUCUCCACAUGUGGCUCCCACCUCACUGUGGUUUGCCUUUUCUAUGGGACAGGGAUCUUCAACUACAUGCGUCUGGGUUCAGAGGAAGCUUCAGACAAGGACAAAGGGGUUGGGAUUUUCAAUACCGUUAUCAACCCCAUGCUGAACCCACUUAUCUACAGCCUCAGAAACCCCGAUGUUCAGGGUGCUCUCUGGAGGGUACUUGUGGGGAGGAGGUCACUGACCUGA